AUGAAACUGUUCAUUGUAGCCGCUCUCUUCGUCGCCGCCGCCCUCGCCGCCCCGGCUAACCCUGACGCUGAUGCUCAGAUCCUCCGUUAUGACAAUGACAACAUCGGUGUUGGCCCCUUCGGCUAUGCAUUCGAAACCUCCAACGGGAUCUCCCAAUCUGAGCAAGGAGACCUGAAGAACGUCGGCACUGAUGACGAAGGCAUUGAGGUCCGCGGACAGUACUCUUACGUUGGUGACGACGGCGUCACCUACACUGUCACUUACAUCGCCAACGAGAAAGGAUUCCAGCCUGAAGGCGCCCACAUAGCCAAAGCCCAAUAA